AAAGACGGGAACUGGGUCUCGAACAUAGGCCAAUCUGAUGUGAACGCCGUCACUUGGGGAGCCUUCCCAGGUAAGGAGAUCAUCCAGCCAACAAUCGUUGACCCUGCCAGCUUCAAAAUCUGGAAGGAUGAAGCUUUCGAGACCUGGUCAAGAAGCUGGGCAAGCUUGUACCCAGAAGAUGAUCCUUCCAGAAAGUUGCUGGAAGAGGUGAAGAGCAGCUACUAUUUGGUAAGUUUGGUGGACAACGACUACAUCCAUGGUGACAUAUUUUCUGUCUUCGCCCAUCUCUGAGUAGUGGGACAGUUUCUUUGCAACACUCUUGCUUUCACGAUUUGGGAUUUUGUGUCUACUUCUUGUUACUUGAUUUGCAAAAACAUCUUUCAUUUAUAUAUAUAUAAGCAUUGGCUCAUCAUUGUUGUUGCUGCUCACUGAAAGAAUCUCCUCUGCUGUUGUACCCUAAAAGGUUCAUAAUAAAGAUUUUUACACGUUUCUUUCAA